AUGCCUAUAGCCUGCUCGACCGAGGCUUGUACCUCGUCAGCGACGAUCAAGCGUGCUCGUGAUGGGGAUCCUGUCUGUACUGCGUGUUUCACACGCCGCUUCGAAGAGGAUGUGCAUGAAACGAUUUCUUCGACUUCCCUCUUCAAACGUGGUGAAAGGGUAGCGAUCGGCGCUUCUGGCGGCAAGGACUCAACUGUAUUGGCCUAUGCUAUGAAGGUGCUGAAUGAGCGUCAUGACUAUGGAUUGGAGUUGAUUUUGCUAUCCAUCGAUGAGGGCAUCAAAGGGUACAGAGACGAUUCCCUGAAGUCUGUGGAGCGGAACAAGAUCGAAUAUCAGCUCCCAUUGACGAUCCUCAGCUACAAAGAUCUUUAUGGGUGGUCUAUGGAUGAAAUUGUGGCGAAGAUUGGCAAGAAGAAUAAUUGCACGUUUUGCGGCGUCUUUCGACGACAGGCACUAGACCGGGGUUCGUACAAGCUCGGCUGUACGAAGCUUGUGACUGGCCAUAACGCCGAUGACAUUGCCGAGACUGUCUUAAUGAACCUACUACGCGGAGAUGUAGCACGACUAGAAAGAUGCACCAACAUUUGUACAGGAGAAGAUGGUGGAAGUUUGCCGCGGGCCAAACCUUUGAAGUACUCCUACGAAAAAGACAUUGUGAUGUAUGCGCGCGUCAACAAGCUUGAAUAUUUCUACACGGAGUGCAUAUAUGCCCCGAACGCUUAUCGUAAUUUUGCAAGGGACUACAUCAAGAAGUUGGAACGGGUGCGCCCGCGUGCGAUCCUCGACAUUAUUAUUAGCGGAGAAUCGGUGGCGAUACGCAAAGAGGUGGCGAUGCCGGUACUGGGCAAUUGCUCAAGAUGCAAUUAUAUUUCAAGCCAGAAAUUGUGCAAGGCGUGUCUGUUGAUUGAGGGAUUGAAUACAGACAAUCUUCAGCUCGGUACUAAGAAAAAGGCAACAACUACUUCCGCUCAAAAGACAGGAUGCAAAAGCGAAGGCGAGCCUUGUGAGUGUCGUGGUGAUCAAGAUGGUGGCACCGUUGAAAAUAAUAAUUCGGGAAAUGACGAUGCCAUUGAUCGGUGCCAAGACAGUCUCAACGACCUGAAUUGCAGCACAAGUACUAGGAAGAAGAAGCCUAUCUCUUUUGAAGCAACGGACUCGGACGCGACGGCGCAGGACAACAAGGCAUGCGGUUGUGACAACGAUGGGGGCGCGGCAAAGAUUGAUUUU